CUCAGAUUUUAAGAACAUAAAUUGUAGAAAUAGGCGGUGUUUAUGACAUUGUGGCUGUGGUAACUAGUGACGACCAUGUCGCGUUGUGUGUGAAGGUGAAGUUAUCAAACAUAACCUCUGUCAAAUCUCUCUUUGAGUCAAUAGAAAACAGCAGCAAGCAGAGGUUCAGGUUGGAGCACAUUGUGCCCUAUAUAGUCUUCGAGUUGAAUAAAAAUGUUAUAAGUUAGACAACCUUUCAAAUUCUGAGUUGAUCAACAUGAUCAGGAGUUUGUACCUGAAGCAGUGAUCAAUGAUCAUGCACAACGGCAGUGUCCGUUAUCUCAUAUUCUUCCAAUACCUUGGGACAAAGUACAGUGGCGUUAUGAAGGCGCCUCCACACCAUGCAGUCAAGGGUGUCCAGAACUACUUGGAGGAUGCGGUGCGGAGUUUGAAGCCGGAGAACGAGAUUUCUCUGUCCAUCUCCAGUCGGACAGACACCGGUGUCCACGCCCUUGGAAACUCUGCCCACUUUGACCUCCAGCGGCAGAACGGCAAGCCCCCAUUCUCUGAGGAGGUCCUGGUUGACGCCCUCAACUUCCACCUGAGACCAGAGCCAAUCAGAAUCACCCGUGCCUACCGGGUCCCCGGUGGGUUCCAUGCCCGUUUCCGCGCUGUGUCGCGGACGUACGUCUACCGGCUAGCCGCGGGCGUCACUCAUCACUCCUGCACACCACUGACAGAUGCCAACCUCUGCUGGGGGCUACGCCACACUGAUCUGGACGUGGGUGCGAUGCGCGACGCUGCCGCCCUGCUGGUUGGUACCCAUAACUUCAGCUCCUUCAGAGCACUGAACUCUGAGACACCGUUUAAAGACCCGGUGAAGACCCUGGACAAGGCCGGUCUGGAGCUCGGAGAUGCCUUCGUACACAGACACUUCCACAGGGAUAUUCAGUUCUGGGAGCUUACCUUCAAAAGCAGAUCCUUCCUCUACAAACAGGUGCGUAGAAUGACGGGGGCUCUGGUGGCGGUUGGCCAGGGACAGAUGUCUGUCUCUGGGGUGAAAGAACUACUGGAGGCCCAGGACUCUCAGGCCUACCCACACAACCUCACAUCACCCCCAGAAGGACUCUUCCUCACCAGGGUGGAGUACCACCGCUCAGAUCUGCAGCCUUACACUCAGGAGGACUCACAGAGUUGACUGUGGUUCUGAUGUGAGACCUAGGUCCAAUCCCAAAUGGACCCCUAGACCCUACGCCCUAUGCAUUUUGUGGAGAUCUGAGAAGAUUUGAAAAGCAAUUUAUUAAUACCUUUAAUUUGCCCUCUGAGAGGCUUGGUCAUUCCAUGGAGGGCCGAGUGUUUGCAGGUUUUUGGUUUUUCCUUUCAGUUAAGAGCUAGACAACCAGGUGUGGGGAGUUCCUUACUAAUUAGUGACCUUAAUUCAUCAAUCAUUUCAUGUACACUACAGUAUGUAGCCUACUAAGUGUAUAUAUGUAUUCUUGCUGUACUACAAAAUGUAUAAUAUGGUCAUUAUAACUGUUUUA